AUGACAACAUCGGGUGUAGUGAGGGGUCAGACGAUAGAUGUGUUGAACACAACAUCGGGUGUAGUGAGGGGUCAGACGAUAGAUGUGUUGAACGUAAGUAUUGACCAGUUUUUGGGUAUACCUUAUGCCGAACCACCCGUCGGGAGACUCCGGUUCGCCAAACCUGAACCCACCAAAACACCACUGAAUUUACAAUGUUUGCGAGCGCUCGACACCGACGAUCUGAUAACCUCUGAAAUUGGACUUAUAUUUCCCUUAACUGGCGAUCAAUUGUUGCCACUCAGGGCUCAAAAUGCAUUUGAAACUAUGAAAUAUAAUCAUGAUAUCGAUAUAAUGGCUGGCGUGACACACGAUGAGGGCUCAUCACUUUCAAUGAUUGUAUUAUGGAAAGUGAUCAAGAUGACUUUAGAUGUUUUCAAAAAAUGCACACAAGAGUUUAAUGACAGUUUUUACCCGGGCAUUGACCCAGAUAAAACAAAUAAAUUUUACCUUAAAGGCGUAAACACGUCCAGCGAAUCGGCCCUUCGGCGCGCAUUUUACGACUUGACGGGCCAUCUCAUGAUGACUUGUCCCACAUAUAUGUUCGUUAAACAGUUUGCCCGUAAUGUUAAAGCAAAUGCGCAUAAUGUUUAUUUCUACCAGCUCACCUAUGUUAGCCAGGUGUUGGCCAAUCUGUAUAACUGUGAUAUUGCCACCAAGGGCGUUUGUCACGCCACUGAUUUGCUCUAUGUGUUUGGCAUACCGUUUCAUAUGCCCAAAAUCGCCACACCCGACGACAUAAGGUUUAGCCGUUAUAUAAUGCAGAUGUGGACUAAUUUCGCGAAAUACGGCAAACCCGACAAUAAUUGGCCGCAAUUGUUGGCUAACAAUACAAUUAAUGUAAAAGACUUGAAUCCAGUGAAUACGAGCCGAGUAUUGGAUAAUCCCUUUCAUAGCACUUGCGAUGGCUUUUGGAGGGAUUAUUAUUUGUAA